UUUUCCGUAGGCUGGAAGGCUUCACUCCAGCUUGGGAUCUGCCGCUGUGGCUGCCGCUGCCGCCGCCGCUACCUCCUCCAGCUGCAAGAGACAAGUUCGGUGGGGCUUCUCCACUGAAAUACAAUGUUUGACGGCUCCCUCCUACCUCCUCUUUUAUUUCAUUUGCUGCUGCUGCUGUUGUUUGGGGAACUGGAUACAAGCGCAGCAGUUGGAAGUGUAACCGCUUUUGAGCUGGAAGUGGUGCUCCCUCAGCGGGUGCGUCCGGAGGACAUCCACCUGCUGCCACUGCCAACCGCGGACUUGGGGGCUGGUGGCUACGGCUCACCGCGCGAGCGGCGGCGGCGGCAGCCCCACACAGCAGCGUCUACAGAGCAAUCUCCCGACUCCGGGAAACGUGGCUUUCUCUUACACUUGCCGGCCUUCGGGCGAGACCUCUACUUGCAGCUGCGGAGGGACCUGCGCUUCCUUUCUCGGGGCUUCGUGGUCGAGGAGCACGGGACAGCCGGGAGUCGAAUCCCAGAGGCUGAGCUCUGCUUUUACACGGGUCACGUACUAGGUUAUAACAACUCCUUUGCUUCAGUCAGCACCUGCGGUGGAUUGAUUGGGUAUAUCCAGAUUGGAAAAGAACAGAUGCUGAUCCAACCAGUAAAUAAUUCCAAUGGCUCCUUCAAUGGACGAGAACACUUGGUCAGGCGGAAAAGAUCAUCAAACUCUGGUGAUCAUGCUAAAUCAUGGAUACCUGAUGAACUCUGUACAGUUAUAACAGAAAAGAAGAAACCAAAGAAAAAUAAAACUACUAGUGACUGGAGAGAGCGAAGAAAUGCCAUUAGACUCACAAAUGAGUAUACUGUGGAAACACUGGUUGUUGCUGAUGCCGAUAUGGUCCGAUAUCAUGGUGCUGAAGCUGCACAGAGAUUCAUCCUCACCGUGAUGAACAUGGUAUACAACAUGUUUCAACACCACAGCCUGGGAAUUAAAGUCAAUAUUCAAGUCACCAAGCUUGUACUUCUUCGAAACCGUCCUGCUAAGUUGUCCAUUGGGCACCAUGGAGAGAGAUCCUUGGAGAGUUUCUGUCACUGGCAAAAUGAGGAAUAUGGUGGAGCAAAGUAUCUUGGUAAUAACCAGGUCCCUGGUGGAAAGGAUGACACCCCCCCUGUGGAUGCUGCUGUUUUUGUUACUAGGACAGACUUCUGUGUACACAAAGACGAACCAUGUGACACUGUGGGAAUUGCAUAUUUGGGAGGAGUAUGCAGUGCUAAGAGGAAGUGUGUGCUUGCAGAAGACAAUGGUCUCAACCUGGCAUUUACAAUUGCUCAUGAGCUGGGCCACAACAUGGGAAUGAACCAUGAUGAUGACCAUUUAUCCUGUGCGGGAAGAUCUCAUAUAAUGUCUGGAGAGUGGGUCAAAGGCAGAAACCCCAGUGACCUUUCAUGGUCUUCCUGCAGUCGAGAUGACCUUGAAAACUUCCUCAAGUCAAAAGUCAGCAUGUGUUUGCUGGUAACAGAUCCCAGAAGUCAGUAUGCUGUACGGCUUCCUCACAAACUCCCUGGCAUGCACUACAGUGCAGAGGAACAGUGCCAGAUCCUCUUUGGAACCAAUGCAACUUUCUGUAAGAACAUGGAGCAUUUGAUGUGUGCAGGGUUGUGGUGUCUUGUAGAAGGGGAUACAUCUUGCAAAACUAAGCUGGACCCUCCUCUGGAUGGCACUGAAUGUGGGGCAGAUAAGUGGUGCCGAGCUGGGGAGUGUGUCAAUAAAACUCCUAUUCCAGAACAUGUGGAUGGGGACUGGAGUACCUGGAGUCCUUGGAGUAUGUGCAGUAGGACAUGUGGUACUGGAGCUCGGUUCAGACAAAGGAAAUGUGACAAUCCCCCCCCUGGGCCAGGAGGCACAAAUUGCUGGGGAGCAAGUGUGGAACAUAUUGUUUGUGAAAACUUACCCUGCCCUAAGGGAGUACCUAGCUUCAGGGAUCAACAAUGUCAGUCCCAUGAUCGGUACAACUACAAGAAGAAGGGUCCUCUGACAGCUGUCAUUAUUGAUGAUAAACCUUGUGAACUCUACUGCUCUCCUCUGGGAAAGGAGUCUCCUAUGCUGAUAGCAGACAGGGUCCUUGAUGGCACACCCUGUGGGCCCUAUGAGACUGACCUCUGCGUACAUGGCAGGUGCCAGAAAAUUGGCUGUGAUGGGAUCAUUGGAUCAGCUGCCAAAGAAGACCGUUGUGGAAUAUGUAAUGGAGAUGGCAAAACCUGCAAGGUUGUAAAGGGAGAUUUCAACCAUACCAAAGGAAUGGUCACCAAUAAUAUUUGUAAGAAGGUGUCCACGUGUGUGAUGACAAAGGCAAAAGCUGUUCCCAAGUGUUUUUCAUGCUAUAUUGAAGCUGCUGUAAUUCCUGCUGGAGCCCGUCGGAUUCGAGUGGUUGAAGACAAACCUGCCCACAGUUUUCUAGCUCUCAAAGACUCCAGUAAGAAAUCCAUUAACAAUGACUGGAAGAUUGAGCUCCCUGGUGAGUUUCAGAUUGCAGGCACCACUGUCCGCUAUGUCCGAAGGGGUCUGUGGGAGAAAAUUUCUGCCAAGGGACCAACUAAAAUACCUCUGCACUUGAUGGUAUUGUUAUUUCAUGACCAAAAUUAUGGAAUUCAUUAUGAAUACACUGUUCCUGUCAACUAUACUGCAGAAAUUCAGAAUGAACCUGAAAAGCUACAGGAUUCUUUAUACAUCUGGACUCAUAGUGGUUGGGAAGGAUGCAGUGUGCAGUGUGGUGGAGGGGAACGUAAAACUAUUGUGUCUUGCACUAAAAUUAUCAAUAAGACCAUGACUCUAGCAAAUGACAGCGACUGUCAGCAUGUGAGUCGCCCAGAACCACAAGUUCGGAGAUGCAAUUUACAUCCCUGUCAGUCAAGGUGGAUGACAGGACAUUGGAGUCCCUGCUCAGCAACUUGUGAGAAGGGCAUUCAGCACCGAGAGGUGACUUGUGUUUAUCAAUUGCAGAAUGGUACCUAUGUUAAUACUCGAGAUUUUUAUUGCCUCAGUCACAAACCAACAACAGUUCAAAGUUGUGAAGGCCGUGACUGCCUUUCUAUCUGGGAAGCAUCUGAAUGGUCAAAAUGUUCUGCUGAUUGUGGAAUAGGAACACAGAGGAGAACAGUGGCAUGCACCAACUCUCAAGGAAAAUGUGAUCAAACCACAAGACCAAAAGCAGAGGAGGAGUGUGAAGACUACACGGGCUGUUUUGAGUGGAAAACAGGGGACUGGUCUAAGUGCUCCUCCACAUGUGGAAAAGGUCUACAAUCUCGGGUUGUGCAAUGCAUGCACAAAAUUACUGGGCGCCAUGGCAAUGAGUGCCCCAUCCUCUCAAAGCCAGCAGCCUAUCGACAGUGCCACCAAGAGGUCUGUAAUGAGAAGAUCAAUGUCAACACCAUCACAUCCCCUCGACUUGCUGCUCUGACCUACAAGUGCACAGGGGACCAAUGGACAGUAUACUGCCGGGUGAUCCGAGAGAAGAACCUAUGCCAGGAUAUGCGGUGGUACCAGCGCUGCUGCCAGACAUGCAGAGACUUUUAUGCCAACAAGAUGCAGCAGAAGAGUUAAUGACACUUCUCUCCUGUCUAGACUGAAUAUUGCCACCAUUGUAUGGAAUUCAAGGAUUUGUAGGUCAGAGUACUGGAACUUAAUGACAGAGGGAGGGCUGGAUUCCAAAGCAUACACAAUUAAGGUUAAAGUUAUUCCAUAAAUUGGAUGUCCCAAAGCUAUCCAUCCCUCACACAUGCCGCAAUCAUCUCAAGAAUUAUCACACAAAAUUUAAUUGUAAAUUUGGCAUCAACACAUUUGUCAUUAAUACUUUUUAAUAUAUUAUUAAUAGCCACUGGAUGGCUUUCUACAGUAGGAAAGAAAGGACAAAAAGUCACAAAGUAAAUAUAGUCUCUAAGGUUUUAUGUACCUCAAAGAGGAAAACCUCUGAGCAACAGCUCUAUAUUAAGGUAGAGACAUUAUCUAGCACUUCAGUCUUGGCUGUCUUCUGGUAUUUUUAAUUCCCACUGGUUAAUAUACUAAGGGAGGAAUGGGGAAAGAGGGAAUCACAUGAAUGAAAUGCUUAAUUUUAAAAGGAGUCUUACUAUAAAAAACCUGUGAAAAUUGAUGGCAGAGGAAAUGUCAGUGAGAAAAUAGUGCAACAAAAUCACAGCCUUCCUUUUCAUUUAACUUCUUGAAAACAAGAUUCAGAACUUUUGCUGUUCUGCCCACAUCUAGGAGCAUAAUUGCUCUUAAAACUCUUAAAAAUUGUUACUUCAUCUUUACUGUCCCUUCUGCAAGUGCUUGAGGUCAAGUAAACUGAUAAACAACAAUAGGAGGACAUUUAUUCCGUAAAGUAGCGUGCUUUGUGAAAGAAUGCCCAGGGAGGUGAUGUUUCUAAGGCAUUUGAGUUGUUCUGAUCUCUGCUUGCCACCGUUUCAGGAGGGAAAACACUGUAGCAAAACAGGACAAUAUUUCUUCAGGGUACUGUGAAAUUAAUGGAAUUGGUACAUAUUAUGCAGGGAGUUAAGAACAAUUUUGGCAGAGAUGUAAAGAUGAAUUGUUGACCCAUCAGGUCUUUUCCAUGUCUGAUUUCUACAAGCCUGUCUUUCAUAAUUUUUUUCCAAUGCAAAUACAUCACAUCACACUUAGACAAUAUUUGAAUAUUUCAUGUUACUCACUAGUACCAGAAUAAGGCUAUUUUCAGAGACAUCAAAAAGGUCUUUUUAAACAAUAUUAUACUCUUGAUUGUCUGAAAAUAGAUAUUUAAACUCAGCCUAUAGGACUUGCAGCAUAAGCCCAGAUCUAUAAGUCUGGCCCUUUUCACUAUGGAUUUUGCUAAUCUCCUUUGCAUGUGAUCUAAAAUACACAACACAAUAGUUAAGUCAUUUAUGACAUAUAGCAAAGCUUCUAGAGUGGAUUUCAAACCUCCUCUCUGGACCAGGCCUUAUGUUAUUAGGGGUUUUUUUUGUUGUUGUUGCUAUUUAUAUGUGACAUUGGUGAGGGACUCUUAAAUGUUAAGAAAAAAAAUCCCUCCUCAGUUAGAGCCUACCAAUAUCCAGAAGUACAGGGAAAUGACGAGUUAACACCUACUUUAAGGGCACCUGUGAAACCAGCCUGUUCACACAAACUGGAAAACAUGUUCUAACCCUGCCUUAGUAAGGCAAUGUUUGUUAUUGGUCGUAAUGCAGGUGGUCCUUGGUAUCUGUAGCUGUCCUAGAAAAAAAGGCAUAUUUUGCUCACAGAUUCUGUGAGCAUUUCACUGGUGCUUAUAUUUGAAAAUGUUUCUGUGAGAAAGCAACCUUCUCCUACCUUAUUUCAGAUAGAUGAUCUCACUUAGAUCUAAUUACUAAGUAGUCAUCACAGUGAUUCUACCAUAUGAAAUUUUUGCUGAUUUAAUGGUGCUCCAUUAAUUUUUUUUCUUUCUGAUGCAACAACUUCAAAUUUUUUUAAUGUGCUAUUGUAACAUCAGGAGGGGGAAAAAUUUCUCUACCUUCCCCCACACCUUGUGGGGUAUUUUUGUGUUUUGUGUGAAUGAGUGUGUUGGGGGUGUUUUACAAGGGUUGGGUGUUUUGUUUUGUUUUUAAUACCACAGAUAUGGAAAGUACUGGGGAAGUCUGAGAAUGAAUUCAUUUCCACUUGCAUAAACAAGAUAUUUUGCAUCUCCUAUAGGUGCUCUAUGGAAAAAAUAAAUUAGGGAAAAUGUCAUGACAUGAUGUAGUAUAAUCCUUGGUAUAAAAUGCCAACAUUUUCCUUGACACCUUUUAGAAAACAUUUUGUUCUUUUAUAGCUCAGGGUAAGGCUAUAAGAUUUUAUUGCCUUCUCCCUACCCCUACUUUCAGACCCUUGUUUCCACAAAAUAUCCAAUUAAAUUCUGGAAAAAGUUGGGCCUUGAUUUUUAUCCCCUGCUCUUCCAUUUGUUCACAUAAAAAUAAAUAUAGAGGCUUUGUUUUAUUUCACAACUAAGCAAUAAUACUAAAUUAACUACUUGAAGAUGAGGGGCAGAAUUCUUACUGUAUGAAGCCAAGUUUUCAAAGGGAGUUACUAAAAGCUGAACCCAGAAGUAUUUCUGGUUGAUCUACACUUUCAGCUUUAGUCAAUAAAAGCAAGGCAGUGCCAUUGAUGUGCCCAUGUAGAAAAGCAGGGAAACCACUUAAGCCAUACUCUUUGAAAAUUUGCUCUGAGAUUUUUUUUUUCAUGGCUACCCUGCCAAUGUCAAUUCUGUGCCACUCUACAAAAGACCAACAAACUAUGAUUGGAAAUGUCCAAUUCUGUUAAAUUUGCACUAUUUUUGCAUUAUUAUUUCCUAGAAGCCUUUAACUAAACCAAAAGUUUCCAUUUUGCCCUCUCUUCAUUUUAUUUCAUAGCAAUUCAGAAAAGAAAAUUGCAUUGUAGCUAUUCUGAUACUUUGGGGUUUUUCUUUUUUUAUUUAGAAAUUGAUGUUCUGUGAUUACAACAGUGCUAUUUCCAUAUUGUAAACAAUACCCUGUACUGUUACUAAAGUACUGUACAUUUUUAGUUGCACAGAUGUGUAUUUGAGUAUAGAGUCUCACUAUCUUACAUAUGGUGCUAUUUUUAUUGGUGAAAAAGAAAUCCUAACAGUUGGUUAUUGCUUGAUAUUUUAUUAUAAUACAGGGAUAUAUCCUCAAUGGCAACAAUAUCAUUUAAUUUUUCUUUACAGAGUCAAAUGUAUAUUUUUUUCAUUAGUUAACUUACAUUAUGUACUGUAUCCGUGGUAUUUUUAUUUUGCUUUUUUGGUGCUGGUUUUGAAAACACAGAAGUCAAGCAGAUUGGAAACAGUUGUAAAUGAAAAAAAUUCUUCCAUUUUGAAGCAGACUGAAUGUUUAAUAAAAUGUUUUUCCAUAA